AUGGCUUCAUCGACCAAAGCGGCCCGCAUGGGCGAGGAAGUGUGGAAGACACGAGUAGACAAGGUCAGCGCCGAGCUUGUCACCCUCACAUACGGCACCAUUGUCGCCCAACUAUGCAAGGACUACGAAUACAACUACCCCGACGUCAACAAGCAACUCGAGCGCAUGGGCUACAACAUCGGCAUACGGCUGAUUGAAGACUUCCUGGCCAAGUCAAGCGCACCUGCUUGCACCAACUUCAGAGAGGUCUCUGAGAUGAUCUCAAAGGUUGGCUUCAAGAUCUUCCUCAACAUUACACCGACAAUCACCAAUUGGUCGAGCGACAACAAGCAGUUCUCCCUCAUCUUUGAAGAGAACCCCCUUGCCGACUUUGUGGAACUGCCCGACGAUGGCCGCGCGCAAGAUGAGCUCUGGUUCUCCAACAUCCUGGUCGGCGUACUGCGGGGUGCACUAGAGAUGGUACACAUGCAGGUCGAGGCGCACUUUGUCAGUGACGUUCUCCGAGGCAAUGACACAACUGAGAUGCGGAUAACGUUGAUCCGCUUUAUUGACGACGAGAUGCCACCGGACGAUGAGUAG